AUGCGAGGACUAAUAGGAAUUCUUCUGGCCAGCUACACGCUCACUACACAAGCCAUUGAAACAACAGACAAAAGGACCUUUGACAGUCUGGACCUACAAGAUGGUGGCCGCAAACUCAUCAGAGAACAAGUGGAUAUGCGCUUGCUUCAGGCGGACACGAACUCGGAUUCCGGCUGUAAUGUCCCCUCUUCGGUGGGAACGGAGGUGAUCACUGAGCCCAUUUCUGUCGGUCAGUUUUCUCCAUUCGACGGGGGGUUUAAAACCUACAAACGUGACGUGGCAUUUGAAUCAGGCGCUUUGAUGACGAGAGAGAAUGCCGUGUUUGUCGUUCAGGCCGGUGGUUUACUCCGCAAUGUGAUUAUCUCAGGUGGAGGUGGUGUCUUUUGCGAGAUGAACAAUUGCAGGCUCGAUCAAGUGUGGUUUAAGGACUCAGUUCAGGGAGCUCUCCACAUUAACUCGGGCACUGGUAUCACGACCAUCAAUGGUGGAGGGGCACUUAACGUAGCAGGCAGCGUCGUCUUUGGCCAGGGCUCGGGCACGGUUGUUGUCAGCGGCGGUUUUUGCAUGGAAAACUCGGGCAUGCUCUUUGAUUCGUGUGGUUGGUGUGGCCCUGUCAUGCGCGCAGUUGUUGUGGAUGGACUGUUGAGCGUGAACCCGACUGCCGAGCUGAUUCGUAUGAAUAGCAAUUACAAGGACUGUGGAACAAUUGCUCAGACUACCGUUCUUACUGCAACCGAUAACUAUGAAUUGUGCACGCAAUUUGAAGGAGGUGCUGUUCCUGCUAAAGUUGGUAGUGGAGCCUCCCCUCCCGUCUGCGCCAUCACUUCUGCUGUAACGGUCCGGUCGCCAUAA